AUGUACAACAGUAAUUCAUCCAACAUUCCCGGAUUGGGAGAACUUCUGAAAACUAGUGGUAGAGUAAUUCUACCAUCUGAGCAUGAAAGAGAAGAGGUGAUCUCUGAAAAUUCUUUGGUCGAAAAAUACUUGAACGGGGCUCCAGCCGCGACGGCUCUGAAUGCUAAUCAUGAGAAGCAAGAAGGGGGGAGGCUUCACAGACAACGGCUGAUGGUUGUGGCUAACAGGUUACCCGUCUCUGCUGUUAGGGAAGGUGAAGAUUCAUGGUCUUUGGAGAUAAGUCCUGGCGGUCUGGUCAGUGCCCUUUCAGGUGUAAAUGAUAUUGAGGCAAGGUGGAUUGGAUGGGCUGGGGUAAAUGUGCCAGAUGAUAUUGGACAGAAGUCACUUACUAAAGCUCUAGCUGAAAAGAAAUGUAUUCCCGUCUUCCUUGAUGAGGAGCUUGUUCAUCAAUAUUACAAUGGCUUUUGCAACAAUAUUUUAUGGCCUCUAUUCCAUUACCUUGGGUUUCCACAAGAAGAUCGGACCUCCACUCGGAGUUUCCAGUCGCAGUUUUCGGCAUAUAGGAAGGCGAAUCAAAUGUUUGCAGAUGUAGUAAAGGCGCACUAUGAAGAGGGUGAUGUUGUUUGGUGCCAUGACUACCAUCUUAUGUUUCUUCCGAAGUACUUGAAGGACUUUAACAGUAAGAUGAAAGUCGGUUGGUUUCUCCACACUUCCUUUCCUUCCUCUGAAAUUCAUAGGACACUGCCAUCAAGAUCAGAGCUCCUGCGCUCAGUUCUUGCAGCUGAUUUAGUCGGUUUUCAUACAUACGAAUUUGCAAGAAAUUUUGUCGAUUCUUGCACUCACAUUCUUGGGCUCAAGGCGACUACUGAAGGACUUCGGGAUGAAGGGAGGAUUACUCGAGUGGCUGUGUUUCCUAUUGGAAUAGACCCGGAUCGCUUCACACGAACGCUUGAAGAUCCCAAAGUCCAAGAACAUAUUACGGAGCUGAGAGAAAAAUUUGCGGGUCGAAAGGUGAUAUUGGGUGUUGAUCGACUUGAUAUGAUCAAAGGAAUCCCUCAAAAGAUACUGGCGUUUGAAAAGUUUCUUGAGGAAAACCCAAAUUGGCGAGACAAAGUGAUUUUGCUGCAAAUUGCUGUGCCAUCAAGAACAGACGUUCCCGAAUAUCAAAAGCUUACAAGUCAGGUUCAUGAGAUUGUUGGACGAAUCAAUGGCAGAUUUGGAAGUUUGACCUCUGUCCCGAUACAUCACCUGGAUCGUUCUGUCGGCUUCCAAGCAUUAUGUGCACUAUAUGCUGUUUCUGACGUAGCACUUAUCACAUCCCUGAGGGACGGUAUGAAUCUCGUAUGUUAUGAAUUUGUGGCAUGCCAAAAUGCAAAGAAAGGGGUCCUCAUCCUUAGUGAGUUUGCUGGUGCCGCACAGUCUAUAGGCGCCGGAGCAAUUUUAGUGAACCCAUGGAACAGUUCAGAAGUUUCCAAUUCAAUUUUCCAGGCAUUGAAUAUGUCCUGGGAAGAAAGAGAGAAGCGACAAAAGCUUAACUUCGCAUAUGUGAGAACCCAUACUUCUCAGAAAUGGGCCAAUGCGUUUGUAAGUGAGCUGAACGACACUGUUGUCGAGGCGCAAUUAAAAACGAGACAGGUGCUACCACUAGUUCCAAAUCGUGAACCAGUUCAACGUUACUUGCAAGCAAAUAAUCGAUUGCUCAUAUUGGGAUUCAAUGCGACUUUAACUGAACCAGUGGACGAACCUGAGAGACGAAGUGAUCAAAACAAAGAAAUGGAACUUAAACUACAUCCGGGUUUGAAAGAGCCCUUGACAGCGCUUUGCAAUGAGCCUAACACAACUAUUGUUGUACUCAGUGGGAGUGACAGGGCUGCCUUAGGUGAAAACUUUGGGGAGCUUAACCUGUGGCUCGCAGCUGAAAAUGGAAUGUUUUUACGGCCUGCAAAUGGAGAAUGGAAGCCAAUGAUGCCUGAACACUUGAAUAUGGAAUGGCUUAAAAGUGUGAAGGAUGUAUUUGAGUUUUUCACAGAGAGGACGCCCCGAUCACAUUUUGAACUUCGUGAAACUUCCAUCGUGUGGAAUUACAAAUAUUCAGAUGCCAAGUUUGGAAGACUGCAAGCAAGAGAUAUGUUGCACCAUCUCUGGACUGGUCCAAUUUCUAAGGCAGCUGUUGAUGUUAUUCAAGGUAGCCAUUCUGUAGAGGUGCGAGCAGUUGGUGUCACAAAGGGUGCAGCAAUUGACCGUAUAUUGCGAGAGAUUGUUCAGAGUAAAUCCAUGACAUCCCCCAUUGAUUAUGUACUUUGCGUUGGGCACCUUCUUGGCAAGGAUGAAGAUGUGUACACCUUUUUCGAGCCCGAUCUCCCGACUGACAUUUCUGGGAAUGCAAGGUGGCCAUGUCCAGAAAAGAUUCAAUCGAAUGUACUUGAUCUCAAGGAGAACUACUACUCUUGUUCAGUUGGGACGACUCGGACAAAUGCUCGUUAUUUACUUCAGUCGUCGGAUGAAGUGGUCUCAUUUCUGAAGGAAUUGGCUUCUGCAUCUUCAGAUUGA